UUGAGUUUUUACGACAGGCGAAAUGAAUGCAUUUUAAAAACAUCAAUUAAAACUUUUAAAUAAAGUUUUCUAUUAAAACUAUAUUAAAUAUGUCCCAGCAACUAAUUAACGAGAACAGCAAAUACAUAUUAGAUUUGUUUUCAGAACAAACUGUCGAUUCACAAAGUCUCGAGUCUAUUUGUGUACAAGUGCAGAAGAGGUUUCCGAAAUCGGAGCAUUUUAAUUUGUCACUUCUCCUAUCAUCUCUAAUCACAGGAGGUGACCUUUCCCUCCCAGGUCAAAGGGUGGUAGCUUUGGCCCUAAUAUUUGAUUUCUACAAAGGAGAGAACCCUUUCAGCCCACUAUACCUUCACCUACUGGAUGGUAAACCUGGUCUGCUACCGUUGGCUCCACAGGAGAGGCUGUUUAUAGCACAGUUACAUGGGUUUAUACCAGCUAAUAUUAAAGAUGUAUUCAAAAAGUCAGCCAAACAGGUGAUGCUGACGGAGGUGUCUUCAAAAGAGCUGGAGUUUGACUAUUCAUCUCUGCAAUCAGUAAUAGUGGACAGAGUUGCUGACGUCAGUGCAGUGGCCAAGACGACUGCGCCUGCACUGGUAGCUCUUAGUGAUGGGGGUCCUCCAAACCGCAUGGCCAUGAAGGAGCUUCUAGAAGUGUUGAUGUCCAACGAGUACCUGCCGCUGCACCGGACCCUUCAACCCUCGGGACCUAUACCACCUCCCACUUUCUUGUUGGACCCCAUGGAAAUAUCUUUUUCGGACGAGGGUGUAUGGAAAAAUCUAGUUAACAGAGGGGCAUAUGUGCCUCUAUACGACACGGAUUUCGACGGCCUCAUCGGACUCAAGGCCCCAGCGCCGGAAAAAGUAGUGGAGAAACGAAUGCCGAGCACGCCGAAAGAAGUCAAAGUUAAGGAAGAAAAGAAAGAAAAGCCUGAAGAGAAGAAGUCAGAGGAGAAAGAGAGCACCAACACAGUGGGCGAGGCCCAGGAGUUGACUCAACUAGCUCUAAAGUCCGCAUUGAGCGUGCCGCACCAACAGAGGCUAUUGGCUCUGCUGGACCAGGACCCAGACGUCGUGUACCAGAUAGGAGUCACGCCGUACCAGCUGCCCGACCUGGUGGAGAACAACCCGAUGGUGGCCAUCUCGGUGUUACUGAAGCUCAUCCACUCGCAGCACAUCACGGACUACUUCUCCGUGCUCGUCAACAUGGAGAUGUCCCUGCACUCCAUGGAAGUCGUCAACAGGCUGACGACGUCGGUGGACCUGCCGGUGGAGUUCGUGCACCUCUACAUCAGCAACUGCAUCAGCACGUGCGAGACCAUCCGCGACCGCUACAUGCAGAACCGCCUCGUGCGCCUCGUGUGCGUGUUCCUGCAGUCGCUCAUCCGGAACAAGAUCAUCAACGUCAAGGAAUUGUUUAUCGAAGUGGAAGCUUUCUGCGUGGAGUUCAGCCGGAUACGCGAGGCGGCGGCGUUGUUCAGACUGCUCAAACAACUGGACUCCGGAGACACCGCCCACAAGGAGACAAAAGAGAACUAGCCCAAACAUGGACUCGCCACUUAACUCAGUGAUCGAGACUCACAAGGAAUCUACUUGGGUCAUAAUGGCUGCUGGAGCCUUUUGAAUUAGAGAACAUACUUGACCGGACUGUUUAUAUCCCACUUCUGAUAUAUGUAAAUACUAUCAGAAUAAACACCAUCGAACUCAGGACCUCUUGAGUGUUAGUCAAACAUGCUAGCCACUACUCCAAUGAGGCACACUCUCAUCAUCAUAUCAACCCAUACCGGCCCACUACAGGACACGUUUCCCCCCCCCCCCCCCCUCCCAAUGAGAAGGGGUUAAGGCUGCAUUCAACCGCGCUGGCCCUGUACGGAUUGGUGGACAAUUCUUUCUACGUGAGUCAGCGUUCUUUUUACGUGACACUAUAGGAUAAAACUACUCUAAGGAAAAUUUAUAAAAAAAACAAACUAACGUAUUUUUGCACUUUUUCAAAUAUUAUAAUUUGCCUUGAUAGCAUAAGUUAAUUGUAAAUAAUUAGAAAAUAAAAGAUAACAUAGUUUAGUAUUAGAUUAAUGAUUCUACUCUGCUUCGCUCGAAGAUGUCUGUAAUUAAUACAGCGAAUCGAUAACAGGAAAGGAGAUGUUGCCUUCGCAAUGAACUGUUGCUAAUAUUUUUAAUUGAUUUUUUGUAAAGUCAACAUGCCACUUUCCAAAUACGCGCUUCACCAACGCGGAGUACGCCGAGUUUUGCGUAGUAGUUAUUUAUUUUACUAAAGUGCCGAUAUCGGUAUCAAUUUGGUACGCAGCGUAGACCAAUCACUUAGUUUACAGGACUGUACUACAAUUUUUUUAAGUUACAACUAUUUUUGUGCGUAAAUGAUAUUUAUUUUAUUGGUAAACGCCGUCUAAUGACAAUAAUUAAAAUAUUCAUAAGUCAUAUAGUACAAGCCAUAGCUACGCUUACUUUGGGGCUAGAUGGCGAUGUGUGUAUUGUCGUUGUAUAUUUAUUAUUAUAAUACUGUUUCCCAGUAUUGUCAUUAGAUGGCGUUCACUCGAUUCUCUAUAAAUCGAUGAUAACUUUCACGAGAUCGGAUAGGUAAACGUAAGAAGAAAAUCUCAAACUAGGCACCGUCAAAUAUUAUAAGUGUGAAAAAUAAACAAAAAAUGGUAUGAUUUUUAUUGAAGUAUGGUUAUAGCAUACGUUACGCAUAAUAAUUUAAGAAGUCUUUUCCAUACUACGCGUCCACUUAGUUACGCUUUCGUGGAUUUCCUCGCAUCCUAAAAUUUUUUCCAACAAAUAUAUUAAGCACAAAGAUUUAUAUAAAUUAAAAAUUUUAAAACCCCAACCCCAAAUAAAAACAAAUUUCAUUUGACACCCAUAUUGAGCGAAUUUCAUCAAAUAGCGAAGCUUCCUUCCAUUAUUUAUUUAAAAAAUAACUAAAAGGUAAAAAAAUGUGGGUCAAUAGUGAAUAAAUAAUCCGAUUUCUAAUCAUAAGCGAAAACAUUAUUACGGACUGUUGUCAUACAUGUUACGGAUUGUUGUCUGAGCCUCUUGUAAAUACAACGUAAUUAAAACAAAUGUAAAGCAACAAGGUCGGUAUUAUAUUGGUGUUUACAAUAUUUUUUUAACUGCGUUAGAUUACUCAUUUCUGCGCUAACGACUAUUGUCAACGUAACUAUACUAUACCUUAUUAAAGCGGUGAUUUAUUUCUCAAUAUUCACCCGAAUUUGUUUUGUAUAAAUUAGGACCAUAGUUGUAUUUUUAUUUAUUAAAAAAUAUACGAAUGGCCUUUCAAUUUGUUUUAUAAGGUGAGUUUCUCGUGUGAUAUGUACUACCAACUAGAGAAGACAUCGCAAAGCAACUUGUGGCGCUGGCGCUACGCUUUGUGGUCAACUAGGCUGCCAGUUACAAGUCUACGUAUUAAUGAAUAGCACUCGCUAUGUCACGGCAAUGCAAAUAAUCAUUUCAUUGACUUCAUAAGUAAUGGUCAAAUCAACGAAUUUACAUAAGUAUUAUUCGUUACUUUAUUUGUUAUUUGAAAGAAAACUCUCAAAAAAACGAAUACACCAUGUUCCAAAAUAUAUCAGAAUAAUUGAUAUAAAAUAUUAUGUUCAUCUCGGGGCGCGCAUAAACCAAGUUUGAUAUGACUUUUCUAGAACUUAAUAUAGCACGUUAACUCAUUGAGUAUAAUCUAAACCAGUGGGAUGAUAUGACUCAGAUAUAUAUAGUUUGUUCUUAUGUUGGUUAGUGGCGUUUUUUUGUAUGCCCACAGGGCAAAAUUUACUUCGCCGAUGUCGCUUAGUUUAUCUCGAAAAUACAAAGCAGUAUGUUAGAGUUUAUGCCACAAGGGGUAUCCUAUACAUGCGUCAAAAAUAGGAACCAUUUAAUGAUUUAUCAUGAUUUUGAUUUAUAAGACAGAAGAAUAUCAAUUUUAUCAUUUCGCUUGCGUUAUUUUUUUUUUAUAUGUGCGUUGCUUUGCGGAAGUCAAUGUUUAACGGAUAAUAUUAAGCCUAAUUUGAUAAAAUCCUCGACAACCAAAGAAAUCUGUACGUUAGUAUUUAUAAUUUAUUUUAUUCUUUAUAUAGCGCAGCACAGAAAUGUCUCAGAACACGUUCACUCUCUAAAUAUAAGUGUACUGUUUUGCUUAGGCACCCUACCUACAUUUACAAGUUUCUGGCACCCCCAAACCCCCUCUACGACCCAGACGAUCAAACAAUGAUUAAAAAUGCCGACCAACAAUGUAACAGAGAUACAUCGUCUGUACAGCGCCUUAGGCGGCGAAGACGAGGGCACCUAUUUCUGACAUCAUCCCGACGCGGGUCCUAUCCACGGACAAGGAAAUGUUCAGAUGUUAACCUAAACUGAGCUUCGCGCUUGCUCGACUAUACAACGCACAGUUACUAAUUUAAUGAUUUACUAUAGGAUAUAAUUUAGAGAUUAAUAAUAAAUAAAACAUAAUAGUUAAAUGUUUCGUUACUCUAAAUAGACUAUGUUUACCCUAAAUAUUUCAUACAGCUUGUAUAGGAGUUUUUUUUUUCUAUUUAAUGAUAUAAAGCACGCAGGCGACUGGCGAGGGAGGAAGCCUUAUGCCUACCCUGGUUGAAACCACUAUGCACCUCUGCGUGUAUAGUUCAACUGCAAAGGGUUUUUUUAUGAACCUCUAGCGGGAGAAAGCAUCUCACUGGUUUUGAAUCACAUUACGAUUUUUAUUAACUAUGUUACAGUUGAUGCAAAUUAAAAUAUUUCUACAUG